GUCGCUUGGAUAAAGGCUGAUACCAAGGCAAUAUUAGCUAUCCACGAGCACGUUAUUACCAACAACGCACGAUUAUCUGUUACCCACAACGAUUUCAACACAUGGACGUUGAAUAUACGGGGCGUCAAGAGAGAAGACAGAGGCCAGUAUAUGUGUCAAGUAAACACCGAUCCCAUGAAAAUGCAGACCGCAUUUCUUGAAGUUGUCAUUCCACCUGACAUAAUUUACGAGGAAACUUCUGGUGACAUGAUGGUGCCGGAAGGAGGUUCCGCAAAACUAACGUGUAAAGCGAGGGGUUAUCCUAAACCACGUGUAGUUUGGAGAAGGGAAGAUGGUGGUGCCAUUCUUUCCAGAACAGGAGUCAAUGGAAAAAACGAAAGGCUGACUUCUGUCGAAGGCGAGACCCUCACAUUGACCAAAAUAACGAGGUCCGAAAUGGGGGCUUACUUGUGUAUAGCAGCGAAUGGAGUGCCUCCAUCGGUUAGCAAACGAAUGAUGCUUCAUGUACAUUUUCACCCGCUGAUUCAAGUUCGAAACCAACUAGUGGGAGCCCCUGUAAACACGGAUGUCACCCUACAGUGUCACGUCGAGGCGUCCCCAAAAGCAAUCAACUACUGGACUAGAGAGAGCGAAGUAGAAAUCCAAGAUCGUGUAGAGAUAGUAGAAGAUACUGAAGAAAAAUCAGAAGAAAGUACCGAAAACAGCCAAAAGCGUCUAAUCAACAGUUUGCAAGGUCCUCUGACUGAAAUUGAAGAAAAUAACUUUCCGUCGAACGUCAGUUCGGCGUGUUCGGUAGUCCGAAUUCAUAGACUGUACCCCAUUCUGCUGAUAUUGCUUCAAUUCUACUGACGCAGAGGGGCGUUGCGAGGACACAGUGUAUAAUUAUGUGAUAUGUGCCAAAUCUACAUGUGCUUCGCUAAUACCGUUCAUAGUUGGAGGGAUCUUCAGCGAUGUAGAAAAAAAAAUUGAGGUAUGAAGUAGACAGGAAAUAAUUUUGUUGGGAAUUUCGAAUAAAAUUUCAACUUGUUCAAACGUUAGUUUCCUUCUUUGUUUGAAUGAAAUUGUUAGUUUUGAUAUCGACUUAUCAAAAUAACCCCCAAAAUGGAACGCAGAUAUAUUUUUUGGAAAGGUUUACAAAACUCUCUGAUUUCUUCUGAAUUAAAUAUGGCAACUAAUUUCGUAUUUUGUCUUUAUUACUCAAAAAUAGCAAAACUGAAUGAAUAUAAGCAUUUGAAAAAUAAAUAAUGAUGAAUUGUAUGAAUUUUUUGCCAAUUUUUCAUACCACCUGAUCUAAAAGAUCUAUUUUUCUUCAGCGUUCCAGUGAAAUUAAUACCUUAUCAUUCCAAGCUUAGACCAGGCACACUUUUACUAGUUUUUCACCCUGUUUGGAAUUUGAGGCCGAUUUUUUUUGAACAUUGUCUCAAUUCUGUUCAUAACAAAACACAACCAAGUGCAAAUGAAAAAUAAUACCGUUACGAUGGGUGGUUUCGAGUAGAGUCGUAUCAAAUUUUGGACAAAAAACAUAACGAUAGCUUUAUAUGAAAAAUGUUGAAAAAAACGAUAAAAAUUUCAUUGAUAUCGAAUAGUUUUCGUUCAUAUUCAAUUUUUACUACUACAAUGAACAAUGUUAAACGAAAUCUGAGUUUCAAAACAUGAUAUACAGUGCAAGGAGAGUUUUCACAGAUAUUUUCUCAACAAAUGAUAUCACUGAAAAGUACCCAUCCUAAAGAAAUAAGUUCAUCAGAAUGAUAUUGAUAUAGGUUUAUUUUCAUUUAACGAGUGGUCGGUCCUCAAUUCGAAAUCAAUUUUUAAAUAUCCAAUGUCUGUCCGUUUCCUCAAGUCGAUUCAAAAUGGAUGAGCUCUGAAUGAGUUUCAAUUAGUUCUAGAACGCAUUCGGAUAAUAUUUUUAGAUACACAAACGUUUAUAGAAAACAGUUUUUCGGCAAUAUUUUCAAGCGAAGAACCUACAUUCGACCACACGAAACUGUAUGACUUUUAUUCAUUAUUUCCAGUUUCAUUUCUGAAAAAAGCGAAUGUUGCAUUCAACUUCUGUUACAAAAUAGAAAGAAAUGAGACUUCUUUCUCAUUAAUGUACAGAAUACGACAUAAAAAAAAUUGGAAUGUUGAUAUUGGGCAUGAAUCAAAUCGAAAUAUAUUACAACGACGUUUAGAUAUCUCUUGUAUUUUAUUAUUAAGAAUUUUUAUCUGUCCCCAUUACUUUAUAUCUCAAUUUUUUCCUGAAAUAAAUGAAAUGGGUCGUUGUACUGUUAUGCUGGGUGUACCGUAUAGUCUUUGAAAAGAUGGGUGGAACUAAAAUGUGUCUUGUUGAUCUGGUCCCAAUUAAUUGAUUUCAAGUAAUUCCACAACACGUGGGAAAUAUUUCAUUAAUCGAUAAAAUGGAAAAUAAAGUUCAUCAAUUUGUUAUAGAUCUGUGUUAUAGUAUCCAGGACGGUAGUGGACUUCAAUACAUUUAGACAGAGCGAAAGCUUCUGCCAAUUUGUCUUCUUUUUCGAUUAUUAUUCCAGUCAGCGAAAAGGUAACUGCCAGAAGUUUGUUUAACGAGCCACAGUUACAGUGGAGAGUAAGUAUUUCAAAGCACGAAUACCCAUUCUCUGGUUUAUCUCUUGGAAAAUCCUAUAUGCCUCAUUUGUUAUGAAAUGGUCCCAGUUUACAUGUAUUAUAUUAAAUUUGGGGUUUUCUGUGACAUACAAAAUUGUUCUAUUCUUUUCCUUUCGAUGAAAUAAUUAAAACGGAAUCAUGUUUUAACAAUACUGUCAAUUUUGACAUCACCCAUCUAUUCAUUGGCUGACCUUCUGUAUAAAUAAAAGGAUAAUUAGCAGUAGUAUUGUAAAUGUCAAAAUAUGUUGCUGAUAGUUGCUGCGUACAUUAUUUGUGUUCGGUUGAAAUUUAAUAUGAAUUAUAUACAUUCCUAGUUGAAUUUUGUUUGUUGUUGAUAUAUGUGUUGAUAUUAUUUCAAUGUGACAUAAAAUGUUUAUAUUUAAGCUAAAUAAAUUGUUU